AGGAGGAGGGCCUCCACCCACCCCUCUUUCCCAGACAAUGCAGGAUGUUGUCGACAUGUAUAAGGAUGCCAGUUCCUUCCAUGGGAUUGAGGGGGGCAUUGAAACCUCAAUGCCUGGCUGUUCUGUAAUAUCCUCCAUGGCAGUAUCUCCCACUCAGACUGUAACUAAGGAUCAUGAUGUGGACAUUUGGCAAGAUGCUUGUGAGAACCUUCCUGUGCCACCCCAAUCUCCAGCAAGUCAUGCAUUCAUUGUCAUGGAGACACCCUUAGAGGAACCCCUUUCCCCACCUAGUCCACCAAGACAACUAUGUGCCUCAUCAUUGCCUGUCAGUACAUGUAGUAGAGAUCCAAACCAAGGAAAAGAGAGGGAGAAGCGCAAGAGUGUGAAAAGGUCGGUGGAAGACGUAUACAGGUUGCAGUGUGAGGUGCUGGAGGAGGAGAGAGAGAAGAUCAAGAAGGAGAAAGAAAAAUUAGAUUUACAGAUUCAGCUGUUACAAAAUAUUCUUAAAAGACAGGAUGACGACAAUACAGAGCUUUUUGCCUCACUCAUGUAAACAAAAUGGUCAAUGCUUUAAUUCUAUAACUUUCCAUAAUACAUUACUUAUAGUCCCCUAGUCUAUGUUAGAAUUGAAAUGUUACAUAAAAUGUACUAAGUUUAAAGUU